AUGGUGCAUCAAAACCCUGUUUUGCAAUUCCUGUUUGUAUGCACUUUAUAUGUCUCAUCAUCAUCUAUACCGUGGCCACCAAAAGAAAACUAUUUUGAUCAGACUUUGGAUCACUAUAAUUUUCAAGCAAGAAACUUGACUUUCAAACAGCGUUAUCUGUAUGAAGAUAAAUGGUUCAAACCAAAUGGACCCAUCUUCUUUUAUUGUGGAAAUGAAGGAGGAAUUGAUGGGUUUUGGAACAAUACGGGGCUAAUAUUCGAAUUAGCACCUAGUUUUAAUGCUUUCAUCCUGUUUGCUGAACAUAGAUACUAUGGGAAAAGUCUCCCAUUUGAUAAAAGCUUCCAGCAGCCAUAUAUUCAAUAUCUUUCAGUUGACCAAGCGUUAGCAGAUUAUGCUUACUUAAUUGAAGGUAUCAAAAGUAAAUUCAACAUAAGUAGAUCCCUUGUUGUUGCAUUUGGUGGAAGCUAUGGAGGCAUGCUUGCAGCGUAUAUGAGAGCUAAAUAUCCCCAUAUAAUCAAAGGUGCUUUAGCUGCAAGUGCACCAGUUAGAUGGGUUGCAGGUGAGGGGAAUUUUCACGACUUUUUUGAACGUGUCACUAAGGACUACCAUGAUGCUGAUCCAAAAUGUUCAGAGAAAAUUAAAAACGCCUUUAAUUUAGCUGUUCAGCUAUCUCAGAAACCUGAUAUCGGUUACAAACAACUCUCUAAUGACCUACGGUUGUGUAAACCUAUCCAAAAUGAUUUCGAAUUUUACUGGGUACUGAAAUGGGCUCGCAAUGCAUUUGUUAUGAUGGCUAUGUUAGAUUAUCCUUACAAGGCAUCAUUUAUGGCAAGUCUACCUGCUAAUCCUGUAAAUGUCUCGUGCAAAAUUGCGUUAGCAGUCACUGAUCUCAUUCCAACCCUUCGUGAGGCUGUUGGAGUUUUCUACAACAGUUCACAAUCUCUCUCGUGUUUCGACUAUAAAACACAGUUUAUUGAGUGCGCUGAUAUAACAGGAUGUGGUCUAGGCAGUGAUUCACUUGCUUGGGAUUUUCAGAGUUGUACUGAAAUGAAUUUACACGAUGACUCGGAUAGUACCACAAAUGAUAUGUUCACCUCUUUACCUCUAACAAAACAACAAGUAACAAGUUAUUGUCAACGAAAGUGGGGUGUUACACCAGCGUUUAAUCAAUUGUCAACAUUUUAUGGUGAUAAUAUUUGGAAAACUUCAAGCAAUAUCAUAUUUUCAAAUGGGAAUUUGGAUCCAUGGAUGGGUGGUGGAAUUCUAACUGAUCAAUCAGAGAAAGUCAUCUCCUUGGUACUAGAUGGUGGAGCUCAUCAUCUUGAUUUAAGGUCACCGGAUCCAAACGACCCGCCAUCAGCACGUCAAGUUCGUCAAAUAGAGGUACAAACCAUUCGUUCGUGGCUUGAUUUAUGA